UCCCUUCAAUUUCUCAACUCCAAUCACUUUUGCCACCCAAUUUUAUCUCAUAUCAUUUUGCAGAAACAAAGACAGAAAGUUUGUUACGUUACAACCUCACAAUUGCAAUAACGUUGCGUAUAAGAGAAGACAGAAAUUUCGCUGGUUCCUCCUUUGUCUGAGGUAACGAAUAAAAUCCUUGAUUUCUUUUUCUUGGGGAUUCCUUCUUUAAUUGCUUCCUCAGACGAUCUCUUGGUUUGAUUCAUUUAGGAUCUUGGAGAGGAGGAAACAACAAACAAACAAAAAAAACCCGGAAAAAAGAAAGAAAAAGAGAAAACAAAAUAAAAAUGUCUUUCACAGGAACAACUGACAAAUGCGAUGUUUGCGAUAAGACAGUCUAUGUGAUGGACAUGUUGUCAAUUGAAGGAAUGCCUUACCACAAGUCUUGCUUCAAAUGCACCCAUUGCAAAGGCACCCUUGUGAUGAGCAACUACUCAUCCAUGGACGGAGUCUUGUACUGCAAGACUCAUUUUGACCAACUCUUCAAGGAAUCUGGCAAUUUCAGCAAAAAUUUCCAACCAGGAAAAACUGAGAAGCCGGAGCAUACAAAGACUCCAAGCAAGAUAUCAUCCAUCUUCUGUGGAACACAAGACAAGUGUGCUGCUUGUGAGAAAACUGUUUAUCCUCUUGAAAAGGUGCAAAUGGAAGGAGAAUGCUUCCACAAGACAUGUUUCAGGUGCGCUCACGGCGGCUGCACUCUGACUCACUCCUCAUACGCCUCCCUAGACGGCGUCCUCUAUUGCCGGCAUCACUUUAACCAGCUCUUCCUGGAGAAAGGCAACUAUGCUCACGUCCUCCAAGCAGCCAACCACCGUCGCACCGCCUCAGGCAACUCUCUUCCUCCGGAGCCAACCGAAGAGGUCGCCGUCGAAGCCAAGGAAGAGAACGGCGCUUCACAGUCUUGAACAAUACCAUCCGGGCGGUGAUCAGCUGUGAGUGAUUUGAAUGAAUGUUGCAGCGAAAGAUUUGAUAUCAUUUGUAACGAGUUGUUUCCAUAUGAAGACGACGUUGUUAUUAAUUUUGUUUUCUGAUUUACAUUAUCUAAUUAUUAUUACGAACGAAGAAAACAAAAUUCGAUUUUC